GUUAUUCUCUGUCGCAUCUCCUCUCCUUCUCCGUGGUCUCCUAUUUUGCUCCAACAUGGCUCCCGCAGUUAUCAUCGGCAAUACGUCCGACUUCGACAUGCCAAAUGCCACUGCAACAACAGCACCCAAACCCUCCGCUCAACGAACGCUUCUUCUUGCGCCACCAUCUGUAGCUGCCCACCCAGAGACUCUUUCCCAAGUGGCCGAAGCAUACGAUCGCAAUGCCACCGAUAUCCAAAUGUUGGACCGCCUCGCAAUGGGCUUGGUCGCACUGCCAACCGCCACCUACGACAUGGUUCUUCUUCUUACAGACGUAGAUGGCUCGAGGCGGGAAACUUCACGGCUGCUUGAUCGCACGGCUAUGGAAAGGCUAGUCUCGUCCAUGAAGGCAGGUGCGAGGCUUAGGGCACAGGAUGGCAGCUUUGCAAAUGCACCUGGAGCAGAGCAGACCGAGGCCAUUCUUGCUGGAUUAGUCAAGGGAGAUGGUGAUGGCAUGGUGAAGCCUGCGAGUUCGGCAUCGCAAACUGUCACUUUGAGUUUCGGGAAGAAGAAGGCGAAUGCUGCGGCUGUACCGUUGAACGGCGUUGAGGCUGUAAACACCGCGAAGAGGAAGAACGAUGAAAUGACGGGUGAAGGCUCGCUGGCGACGGCAAACGGUAGCAGCAUCAUGAGGAGUACGCCGGCUGGUGUGGGCUUUAUUGACAAUACUGAUGACUUUGGCAACGAUUACGAUGACGAUGAUGACGAUAUGGAGUUUCCCAGCCACGAGGAGCUGGAGAGCGCGGGACAGAUCGACCCGGAUACGUUGUUGACGGAAGAGGAUAGGAAGAGGCCUGUCAUUAUUCCGGAGGCAUGCAAACCCAACAGCAAGCGGCGGCGAGCCUGCAAGGACUGCACCUGCGGCUUGGCACAACGACUCGAGGCCGAGGACAAGGCGAAGCGUUCGAAUGCCGACGCGAGUCUGGCGAAGCUCUCCGCGAACGAUCUCACCGAGGUCGACUUCACCGUCCAAGGCAAGGUGGGCUCGUGCGGGAACUGCGCGUUGGGAGACGCGUUCCGGUGCGAUGGUUGCCCGUAUAUUGGGCUGCCGGCGUUUAAGCCUGGCGAGGAGGUGCGGUUGCUCAAUAAUGAUGUCCAGCUGUAAUGAUGUAAAGGAAUGGCUGGUAGCGCGAUUUGUACAGUAGUAGAGUAGGUGCUGUCACCAGCUGCACUGAGAUACCGAAGCCUGGUUGUACGUUACACUUACGGUUCAACGUUGCCUGUGGGUAGAGUCCGCUGUAGCUUCGUCUCCUAGAGUCCGCUGUAGCUUCGUCCC